UCACCGUCACUUCUCUCUGAAACCAAAGCGCGAAUCGCCGUCGUCUCUCUCACUCACCAACGACGAGAAGCCAUGGCAGAGACGAAGCGAAAAACCAGAGACGACGGAAGGAGACAACAGCGCGGCGGCGGCGGCGGCGGUAAGAAAGGCAAGGGCGGCGAUAAGGCAGAAAGAAAAGGUCCUCGCUUGCCCAACGCUCUCCGUAAGGUGCUCGACCGCCCAAACCCUAGAACCGCCGACUCCGACGAAGAGCUUGCUUCCGACGAAGAGACUUUGGCACAGGACCUCUACGAGUACGAAGAAGGACGCCCCGAGGAGGAGUCCAAGAAGAACCGGCGGUUCGACCCCGUCGAUAACCUCGAUUAUGAAUUGCCUGAAGAUUUCGAGGAUGAAAAUGUGUCAUCAGAUGAUGACAAUGAAGCCCAGAAUGAUGCGGAGGAUGAGUUUAAGAGCGAAAAUGAUGGAAGGAGAAUCAGGGAAAUUCCGAGUGAGCCUACUGAAGGGAGGAAGAGGAAGAUAAACAAUGUUGUGGUGUCAGAGGCGUAUCCCGAGUCCGAAUAUAACCCAACUCGUGAUAUGUUGGAGGGGGAAGGAAUGCUUAGCAUUGGAGACCUUCUGGACCCUCUACAAGGGAAACAUGGUUACACCAAACUUAGGAAGAGAGUGGGAAAUCUGGAUAAGAAAUCUGCGCCUAUUCAGGCACCACGUCCGAGGCAUGAGCAGGAGGAAGUGGAGAGGAAGGUAGUGCGUGAAAAAGUAAAGGAAGAGUCAAGAAAGUGGGAGCCGAUUGUAAAGAAGAAUAGGGAGACACCUACUUUAUAUUUUGAUGGUGAUAGGGAUCUAGGGCCGUCAACUGUGGGAACAAUAGCGUCUGAAUUUGAACCUCGUUCAGAGUUUGAGAAGAAGAUGGCUUCAUUAGUUUUUGAUGAAGAGGUUAUAGAUGCUCACAGAAAAGAUGGUUCAAGGCUCCUUGAAUUGAAUAAGGUAUCAGCUGAAGAUGAAAAGGAGCGCCAGAAUCGAAUUGCCAAAAUGCGCAGCCUUCUGUUCCGGCAUGAGUUGAAAUCAAAACACAUAAAAAACAUCAAAUCCAAAACGUAUCAUAAAAUAAUGAAGAAAGAUAAAUUGAAGGCGAACUCGUUGCAAAGUCUAAUGGAUCCAGAAGCUUCUAAAGAACUUUCAAUGAAGCAGGAGUAUGAACGAGCAAAGGAACGAAUGACUCUGAGGCACAAAGGCGGCUCUAAGUGGAUAAAGCGCAUAAAAGAGCGUGGUGUAGAUGUUCAAGACGAUGGUACUCGAGCUGCUAUAGCUGAACAGCAGCACCUGCAUGCUCAGCUGACAAGAAAAAUGAAUUCCAUGAAAGAUAGUGACACCAGUAGUGAUGACAUUAGUGAUGACGAUGAUGAUGAUGAUAUUGGUAUUAGUUCAGAUGAUGAGGGUAGGGCAUCAAAGUUAAUAGAAAAGGCAAAGGAGAAGACACUUAAACUGUUGGAUGAAGAUGUUGAAGUUCCAAACUCAGGAGUGCUGAGUUUACCUUUCAUGGAACGUGCAUCUAAAAAACAGAGAGAGGCAGCUGAUGAAGAAGCUAAACUUUCUCUUCAAGAGUUAGAUUCAUGGAAAAAUCAGUUGGGGGAUUCAGGUGUGGUCAAAAGUCCUGAAGUAGGCCGUUUGAGUGGUAGAAUGGUUUUCAAUGGAAAGGAGGUCCCCGAGUCAAGUAAGAAGGCUGGUUCAGAUUAUAAGAAUUUUUCAGAUAAUUAUUAUGGUGAUAGUGCUAGUGAAGAUGACUUGGAACCCAUCAAUAUUGCCCCUCUUGGCAAACACAAAAGUAAUGGUUUGAUGAAGGAUGCCAAAACUUCUGUUUUACUUCAUGAAGAUUCUGAAGAUCAUAAAGAUCCUCUUUUCAAGAAGCUUGAUGGUAGUGUUGAAGACCCAGGUCCCCAGGCUACACAUGAAGUUUCUAUUUUUGCUUCAGGAUCAUGGAGAAAGAUGAAGAGUAGAAGUGACGCAGAUGCCAAUGCCAAGAAGUCUUCCACGUCACUACAAUCAGCCGCUCUUGAUCCAAAUGUGCAGGAAACUUUAAAGGAUUUGGAUGAUGACAGUGAUGGAGAUAGUGAGGAACAAAUUGCAGAUGGGGUUAUUUCAGCAGUCCCAGAACCAUCUUAUGAACUUCCUUCUCAGGAUGAACUAAUUCGUCAAGCCUUUGCAGCAGAUAAUGUGGAGGAUGAGUUCAAGAAAACCAAAGAGGAUAUUUUGAAUGAGGAAAAUCCUGAACCUGAAAAGCCUGUAUUACUCCCUGGGUGGGGUCAGUGGACGAACGUACAGAAAAAGAAAGGGAUUCCUUCUUAUAUGCAGAAAGAACAUGAAAGUGCAAAGAAGAAUAGGGAAGAAGCCCUUAGAAGAAGGAAGGAUGCAAAUAUCAAGCAUGUUAUUAUCUCUGAAAAGCCUCCAAAUAAAAAGGCUCAAAAACUUUUCACGCCAUCGCUGCCCUAUCCCUUCACUUCCAAAGAAGUUUUUGACCAGAGCCUCCGCAUGCCUCUUGGUCCUGAAUUCAACCCUGCAAGCAUGGUUGGAGUGAUUAAUCGGCCUGAAGUAAUAAAGAAACCUGGUGUAAUUAUACAACCCAUCGAGUUUGAGAAGGUGAAUGCUUAUGAAAAAUUAGAGGGCCAUAAAAAGAGUGGACAGAAACAGAAGAACAGCAAGACUAAAAGCAAUAGCGGCAAAAAUAUGACAAAGAUGAAGACCAAAUAAUAAGAGCUACUUGACCAGAGUUCUGUUUUUGCACUGUUUCCAAAUUGUCUUCUGUGAUUUCCAUUUUUGAAUGAGAUGAGAGAGUUAAUGCGUGAUGUAUGUGCAUUUUAUUGAACUGAUGAGGGGAAGGAUAGUAUUAUAUGUAGGAUUGAUCAUUGUAUCGUAUGUCUUUCAUCACUGUGGAUUACAUUUUUCUAAUUUAUGAAUGAAAUUUUGUUAAAUUUUAUGUUUCCAAUUUACUAAUGGAUCGAAUUAUGU